AAGCUCCCUCGCUCAACGCAUCAAUAAAUUGCCACCUCUUACCAUUCUCAAACCUGCUCGUCUAUCGUUGUCUUCAAAAUGUCGCAAGAAGCCCAAAAGAUCGCCAUGACCCCACAGCAGGGCAAGCCAGAGCUCAUCGUUAUAUUUGAGUCCAGCGCCGGUGUGCGCGCACAAAGCUCACCAGGAAUGACCGCCGUCGCUUCUUCGUCUGGCAACGAUGUCUCGGGAGUUCAGUCGAUCCUGAGCAAGCACAAUGCCUCCUUGAAGCUCCUCUUCGGCCCAAAUGAGGACCGUCUCCGGGCAUCCCUAGUUGCUGCAUCUUCCACCGCUCAGAAGAUCGGGCAGACUCCUCCAGAUUUGACGCCCUUCUACAGUGUCCAAGCGGCUGAGGACAAGCUCGACCAGCUUGCCAAGGAACUCAGGGCUGAAAGGACCGUCAAGGCGGCUUAUGUCAAGCCUGGUGCAGCCCCGGCCAUCUUCGCCCAACCCGACAAAGUGUCAACUGCUGCAGUAGCUUCUGUAACGCCCAAUUAUCAGUCACGCCAAUCAUAUCUCGAUCCUGCCCCCAAAGGUGUAGAUGCUGCUUAUGCAAACUCGAUUGUCGGCGGAUCGGGCGAGAGGAUGAAGGUCUGCAGCGUCGAGUUCGGCUGGCUAUUCACGCACGAAGACCUGAUGGAGAACCAAUCUGGCGUUAUCGCUGGAACUGCCCCUGUUGCCGAUAAUCACGGCACGGCUACAGUUGGCAUUGUCGGUGCAGACAAGAACCCAUACGGUGUAACCGGAAUCGUGCCGAGAGCAAUUUCCUGCGCCAGCUCGGUCGUUGACCAGACUGUUGCUGCCGCGAUCAAGAACGCGGCUGACAAGAUGAGCCCUGGCGAUAUCAUCUUCAUGUCUCUCCACCGACCAGGUCCUAACACUACUGGGUCUGGACAAUUCGGCUUCAUUGCUUUAGAAUGGUGGCCCGACGAUUUCGCCGCGAUCAAGUAUGCCACUAGCAAAGGCAUAAUCUUCGUCGAGGCUGCAGGGAAUGGGUACCAGAAUCUCGAUGAUCCAAUCUACGAGACCGCGAGAGCAGCAUAUGGCUUCCCCUCUUCAUACCCCAAUCCGUUCAACACCGCCAACCCUUCCUCCGGCGCCGUCAUUGUCGGAGGAGGUGCGCCACCCGAAGGAACUCAUGGCCAUUCCUGGUGGGGUCCUGAUCGAAGCCGCCUUGCGUACAGCAACUAUGGGUCUCGUGUCGACUGCCAGGGUCAGGGAUACGACGUGACAACGACAGGGUAUGGUGACCUCCAGGGCGGUGGCCGUCCUGAGCUAUAUUACACCGAUACAUUCAGCGGCACUUCUUCCGCGACCCCUAUUGUAGCAUCUGCAUUAUGUGCUGCGCAGGGUAUCUUGAAAGACUUUGGUAGACGGCCGAUUACGGGCGAGGAGUGUAGGCAGCUAGUUCGGAGUACAGGAAGCCCGCAGCAGGAUGGUCUGCAGGGUCCCAAAGAAGGACAGAGGAUUGGAAAUCGUCCUGAUCUGCGACAGCUGAUACCUGCCGCUUUGAAGCUCACUGAAUGGCGGCCAAAUGCCCGGCUCUAGGUGUAUUAGGCAUUAUAAGUGGGGAGGUUGUUGGGUGCGCGGUGGAAUAAAGGGAGCUGAGCUCCUACAGUCUGAUUUCCAAUAUACACUUAUUUCCUUCCUCAUACCUAAAUGUGAAUCAUGUUUAAACGUACUUACGAGGCUUGACAGCCUCGUGGUGGUAAAACUCUGACGCAAAAGAGCCUUUGCUAAGUCUUAUAGUUAGACAGCCCAAUAGACACG